AUGCCCAACACAGAACCAGAAGAUAAUAAUGCAGAAGGACCAUCUAGCAUAAGAGCUGAAAGACUGGAAUCAGAAAACUUAAAAAGUCAAGAAAUGACAACUUUACUAUUAUCAACAAGUGUACAGUUAAAGGAAUAUAUAGACCAAUUCUUGCAAGCAUCAACCACAAUGUUCACAACAACAAUUAAACAACUAUCUGAUAAUAGGACCAUUAGCUCUAACACAAGCUAUAUCAAAAAUUCGAUAUCUAAGCAACAAUAUCAAGAAGCAGCUUCUAAUAAUAUGAGGCUAACAGAACCAAUUAUUAUAAAUAAAAAGAAUAAUAAUCAAG